AUGGGUUUCUGGUCGCGAAAAUCAUCUCCUCCUCUCCCGUCACCCCCCCACCGGGAGAAUGUUAAAUCGAAACAUAAACCUGCUUCGAAGAAAGUGGCUUCUCCUCCUCCUCCUCCUUCUAAACCCAAAUCAAAACCAAAACCGAAAUCCAAACCCAAACCCCGUCCUGGAAGAAUAAUCGUACAUUUUGUUCGUCACGCUGAAGGCUACAACAACCUACGCACGCGCGGCGCAGGAGAACUCACCGAUCCCCCGCUGACCCCCCACGGCAAAUCCCAAUGUGCAACCCUGCGCAGACAAUUUUCGCACCUCCGUCCCCAACACAUUCUCUGCUCUCCUCUGCGACGCACACUGCAAACCGCACUCCGAUCUCUCUCCCCCCGCACCAAGAUCCCUAUCACGCUCGAUCCGGAGCUGCGCGAAUACGGGUCCGUGCCGAAUUGUACGGGGACGCCGGUGGCGGAGCUGAGGAGGAGGCAUGAGGGGGUGGGGAUGGGGAUGGGGAUGAAGGUGGAUUUUGAGAGGGUGGGAGAGGGCUGGGAGAGGAAUGGAGAGAGGGAUGGGGGGUUUGUGGGGGGGAGGUGGAGGAGGAGUAGGGAGCAGAGGGAGAGGAGUCGGAGGGUUUUGGAGAGGUUGUGGGAGCUUGGGAGGGAGGGGUUGGAGAGGGAGAGGAAGAGGGGGGAGGGGAGGGAUGUGGAGAUUUUGGUUAUUUCGCAUGGAGAGUUUUUGCAUGGGUUGACGGGGAUUACUGGCACAACGCCGACAUCAUCUCCCUUACCAUGA